GAGAGAUAGACUGUGACAAAUUGCUAACAUAGAGAGAGAGAGAGCACAACAUAGAUCAAAAUAAUGUGAAUCUAGGGUUGCUAUUGUGUUUUUCUCUUCUUCUACUGCAACUUUUAUCUAAAGGAAAGGUAUGUUUUGAUUUUUCUAUGUUUUAUGGGCAGUUUCUUUCUUCUUUAUAUCCUUCUUUGUGUUUUCUGACAUUAAAUCUAAAACGAAAUUAAAAUAUCUGUGUUUUCUUGCUUAUUAUCUAAAGGACAGAGUGUCUUUUAAGUGUUUUUUGGGCUAAAAUCGAAGUUGGGUGUGUUUAAAACUGUUGGGUAUAUAAUUUAUUUGAAGGUUAAGUGUUGGGAAUCUCUAUUUCGGCCAAAAUCUGAUGAAAAUGGAAAUUCGACCUUUGUUUGUGCUAAAUCUUGUAGGAUAAUAUUAUUUGGUAGUUAAAGUUUGUUUUAAUUCGUUGCAUGUCGAGAAAAAACUUGAAAAACUCAACAUUCUUUAUAUUCUGUGAUUUGAAAUCAGUGUUAGUGAACUGAGUUUCUUACUCGAUUUUUUUUAUUUCAGUUUGUCAUUUUUUUUAACUAAAAGGUGAAUGAUAUUUUCUGUUUCAAUAAGUUAUUUCAGCUUGUUCUUCUCUCUUAGCAGCCUUUCUCAUUAGCAAAAUGUAUCGUUUUGUAGCAAAUCUUGCUUCCAAAGCCAGGUAAGAUUCAGAUUUUAUAACUUGGAUUUUUCUGUUAGAAAAAUGUAUUCUUUAUUACUUUUAAGAAAUACCCAUUUUCUUGUUUUUCUUUUUUGUGUUAGAAAAAUGUAAUCUUUAUUACUUUUAACAAAUACCUAUUUUCUUGUUUUGUACAGAGUGGCAAGAACCAACACCCAACAAGUGAGUACUAUUUUGCAAGAUACUUUUUUUUUUUUUUGGUAUAGAUCAAGAAGAGCUGUAUUUUGGAUUGUCUGUUUAUAAAUGGUUUUGUUGCAGAUUGGUGGAAGGUUAAAUUGCAGUAGAAGUUAUGCUGCAAAGGAUAUUAGAUUUGGUGUUGAAGCUCGAGCUGCAAUGCUUCAAGGUAUUGAAGAACUUGUUGAUGCUGUUAAAGUCACUAUGAGUCCAAAGGUCGUUACAGAAGAGCUUGGACUGAGCAUUGAAAAUAUGGACUUCGAGAUGCUGGGAACAUGUAAAAAGGUGGCUGUCUCCAAGGAUGAUACUGUCAUUCUUGAUGGUGCUGGUGCGAAGAAGUCCAUAGAGGAACGAUGUGAACAGAUUAGAUCAACCAUUGAACUGAGCACAUCUGAGUAUGACAAGGAGAAGUUGCAGGAAAGACUAGCUAAGAUUUCAGGAGGUGUCGCUGUGUUAAAGAUUGGAGGAGCUAGUGAAGCUGAGGUUGGUGAAAAGAAAGAGUCACUGAUGCUUUGAAUGCUACAAAGGCUGCUGUGGAGGAAGGAAUUGUUCCAGGUGGUGGCAUUGCUCUUCUUUACACAGCAAAAGAGUUAGAUAAAUUAACAACAACCAACUUUGACUAGAAGACUGGUGUACAAAUCAUUCAGAAUGCUCUAAAGGAAAAAUAUCAAGAAAUAUUAUGGGAAAAAUCACAAUCUCAGUCUGAUAUUGAUCAAUGUGAAGCAUAUUACAAAGCUGCUGGGGGAACAAGGAAGAGAAGAAUAUAUCGUAGUCCUUCACCCAUGCAUUAGUUUUUUAUGUUAUCUGCUUUUUGCUGGAAAGAACAAAAUUAUGCACUAUCAAUACUUGAUGGAUGUGUGGGUUCUUUUGGUAGUUGAUAGCUUGGUGUUGUCGGUGUUUUGGACUAAACGAUUAGGAUUCCGUUAUCUAUUUUGAAUCUUUUUUAUAAAUAUUAUUUUA